AAGUUUCGAAACCGUAGUAUUUUAUCAUUUAUGUGGCUAGUAACAUUAUCACUUUAUAACCUCCGUGCUGAGAUAAUAAUUAGAGAUUUUUACUAAAAAAAAAAUCCUAUUUGGAUUUUAAUUCCCGCAAAACCUAAAAAAAAAAAUGUCGGAUCUUCCUUACGGCCCCCCAGUGAAAGUAUCACCUUUGAUCAGGUUUGGUCGCUGGUCAUUCCUAACAGCUGGUAUCCUCUAUGGAGCCUUCCACCACAGCAGGCUCUCGAAGAAGGAAGCCCAGUUCCGUGAAAUCGAAGCCAAAGAGAAAGUGAUCAGGGAUGCAAAAAUGAAGGAAGAAAAAGCAAGAGCAUCCGCUGCCGAAAUGAAAGCCUUGGAAGAAAUGAUUUCCCAGAAGUAAAUAGUAGAAUAUUACAUCCUAGUUGUAAGGUGAUAAUGGAUACCAUCUGUGUUGCCAUAUAAAAACGUAACCUUAAAAAUUCAUAAUACAUCCAACAGAUUAAAAA